AUGGACUCUGGCUCAUUCGAAUACUGGAUGGCGCAGGGAACCUAUAUCGCUCCAUCGCAUCAAACCACCGUAUUCGACAUGCCUCCGGAUCUCGCAAAGGUUCCAAGUCUGAGCGGUUCACCUGUGUCUCCCACAUACGAAUACUUUCCUGCGCCAAUACACCACAGUUUCUACCCUCAGAUUGUAGACGAGCAGAUGCAAUUUGGGUCAUAUCCCAUGCCAAUGACCCCAUCAGACUUUGGAUCCGAUCAUGACAGUCCAUACUGCAGUCCGCGGCCACCCCAACAUAGGGAACCAAGUCUCGUGCCAGUCCACAGCUCCCCAUCGAACGAAAGGACACACACAACUUCCGGGCGUCGACGAGCCCAGAAUCGUGCGGCUCAGCGGGCCUUCCGUGAGCGCAAAGAAAGGCAUGCCCGCGACCUUGAGGCUCAACUCUCUGUACUAAGCCAAAAGUACGCUAAGCUUGAACUAUCACAUACGGAACUCAACGGCGCAUAUGAGAAGCUGCUGAAGACCGUUGAGCUACUGCUACAAGAUGACGAUGCCGAAGGAGAUGAUGAGGAUGGAAAGAGCACUCGUCAAAAGAAUAGCAGUUCAGAUACUCUCAGAAAGCUGCUUGAGAUUCUUCAUGGCGAAUUCAAGAGCGUGACACCUGUAAAGACAGAGAAUGCCUGA